GUCACCGACGAUCGCCCGCCAUACGAUCGUACUUUUUUUCUUAAAGGAGAAGCUACAGUGUUUUUUUUUAAUUAAAAAAUCUCUUCAAGCAAGGAACUUCGAAAAACGAAGGCAAUGUGAAAACCGGAAAACAGGUUUCCCAAAGGUACCGGCUUCGGUUUCGUUGUAAUUCUUGAAAACUGACGUUUGGGAAUUCUAAACCGGCCCAGUCUGCAAGGGGAGGGCGGGCAACAACAGAGCUAACGGGUUUCUAGAAACAAUGUUGGUGUUUGGUAAGCAACGUGGACUCGCAACUGGAGCCAAGGCACGCGGGAAGAGGGACGCUUAACUUGGCGCGAAGCACAAAACAGUUAAACGGCUCAGUUGUAGGAAGCGCGCGUCACUGCCGUGAUUCCGUCUAGGGGCGCGCGUUCCCGACGUGAUUCCAUCUAGGCGCGCGCGUCCGCCAGUUGAUUGGCCCGCAGCAAGCUAGCCCGGUUUAUUGCUCUGAUUGGCCGGCUGGGGAGCAGGGUGGGCGGAGUAGGCCCUUCAUCUCUUUUCUUGAUUGGCUGAUGUAGGAGGAUCUUGCGUUCAGCUUGAACUCUGAACUUGUUCUUCAUUGGACUGGCUCCGACGGAGCGGGAGGAGUCUGCCGAACAGAGGCGGGGUGAGCGGUAAGCUCUGCUGUCAGGAGCAGGAGGGGGAGCCGUUGUCGGGGCCCCCUCCGCUAGCCGCUGCUGCUCCGAUGCCGGGAGCGGCAGAGCAGCCGGAGCCGCAGCAAGAGGAACCGCAGCAGCCGGACGAGGAAGAGGAGCGCAGUCCGCCUCUGAGCGGCCGCCGGCGUCCUCCACCCCCUGCCACUCUCGCCGCCGACCAGGAGGAGGAGUCUGGCGGCAGUCGGGUGCUCCGCGGGGGCAGGGAGCGAGGCCGGGCCGCGGCCGCCGCUGCAGCCGCCGCCGCCGCCGCCGCAUCACGACGGAGGAAGGCCGAGUACCCCCGCCGUCGCCGCACCAGCCCCGGCGCCCGGCAGAACCAAGAUUCUGAGGAACUGCCGCCCGGCGCUGAAGUCAAACCGCCGCCAACCGCCCCGCCUCUCAGCGCUGCCUGCAGGAAGGCGACCACCCGCGGCGCGUACCUGGAAAAAGUUUCUGUGAAAGAUCCCAAAAAAGAAGCAGAAGAGGAAGAAGUCACAACUAUUAUUGCUCCUGGGAUUCCAGUCAGUACAGCCAGGCCCACCCGAGGUUGGCGUAGCAACAGGGCAGAUCCUGCAGUUCGCCAGUGUGAAGCAGAGAAUUCACGUAGUUCUAGAUCCAGAAUUGGAUCCCUGCAGCUCAUCUGCAAGUCAGAACCCAACACAGAUCAGCUAGAAUUUGAAGUCACAGAAGUGCACCCUUCUCCAUCUGGAAUCAGCGAUGAAGAAGAAAUGCUUAUCAGUGAAGAAGAAGUUCCCUUCAGAGAUGAUCCAAGAGAUGAAACCUAUAAACCCCAUUUAGACAGGGAAAUUCCAAAACAAAGAAAAAAAUCAGGGAAGGGAAAAGAAGAAAAAGAAAAACAGAAAGAAAUUAAAGUAGAGGUUGAAGUCAAAGAAGAAAGUGAGUUUCGAGAAGAGGAGGAGCCACCCAGGAAGAGAGGAAGACGGAGAAAAGACGACAAGAGCCCAAGACUUCCCAAAAGGAGGAAGAAGCCUCCAAUACAGUAUGUUCGUUGUGAGAUGGAGGGAUGUGGUACAGUUCUUGCACACCCUCGGUAUCUACAGCAUCACAUCAAGUAUCAGCACUUGCUGAAAAAGAAAUAUGUCUGUCCCCAUCCCUCCUGUGGGCGGCUCUUUCGACUUCAGAAGCAACUUCUGCGGCAUGCCAAACACCACACGGAUCAAAGGGAUUAUAUCUGUGAAUAUUGUGCUCGUGCUUUCAAGAGUUCUCAUAAUCUGGCAGUUCAUCGAAUGAUCCACACAGGCGAGAAGCCAUUACAAUGUGAGAUCUGUGGAUUCACUUGCCGGCAGAAGGCAUCAUUGAACUGGCACAUGAAAAAGCAUGAUGCAGAUACUUUUUACCAGUUCUCAUGCAAUAUCUGUGGAAAGAAGUUUGAAAAAAAGGACAGCGUUGUCGCACAUAAGGCAAAGAGCCACCCAGAGGUGCUUAUUGCUGAAGCUCUGGCAGCCAAUGCAGGCGCCCUAAUCACCAGCACUGACAUCCUGGGCACCAAUGCAGAGUCAGUUGCCCCGGCCUCAGAUGGCCAGGCCCUUCCCCUUCUUCCAGAUCCCCUUGGAAACACCACUUCUGGAGAGUGUCUGCUGCUGAAUCCUGAUGGGAUGCCUAAGGCAUACUGCAGUGGGGGUGAGCGUGUCAGUCUGAUGGCAGAUGGAAAAAUCUUUGUGGGCAGUGGUAGCAGUGAGAGUACAGAAGGGCUGGUUGUGAACACAGAGAUCCUUGGAGCCACCACUGAAGUUCUAAUUGAAGAUUCUGAUUCUACAGGACCUUAGUGGGAAAAGAGCACAUGGGUGUUGGGACAACUCGAACUUGUAUUUAAAAGAAUAAAAGGAAAAACCUUAUUCAACAUAGAGAAGCUAAACAAAUUAAAAUACUAGUCAAAUAACUAAAGGGCCUGCUCCCCCUCUCACCUACCCUCUUCCUGAGUGGAUCACUGCACAUUCUUUCAGAGUCCCUUGGAGAGGAAUGUUGCCUUUACACAGACAGUCUGACAAAGGAAUUCUUGCAAUGCAGUGAAGGGAAGCAGCCAGAGCCUAUCCCUCUUCCUGCCCUCUCAAAGUAAGCAAACUUCCUGCUUCUUGACCACGUUGCAAGUUUGAAGGUUUUGAACUGUGGACAAGUAUCUAAAUCUUGGAAUCCUUUUAUGCUUCUCCAACCACUCAUCCUAUUCUAUGCAUUAUUAUACUCUGGCCCUUGCAGGCUCUUACUUUUCCUUCUAGGGUGUGGAAAUAUAGCUUGGCACUUUAGGACCCAUUGGUAGGAUAAGCUGUAAAACAGCAUUUUUCUCUUUCUCUCACCCUUCCCUUCUGCUUCUGUAAAGAAAGAGGGGGGUACCGGCACUCUGAUGGUGCCUGUUUGCUUAAUGAGGGGUGCCAUCCUUUUUGUACAAUUGCUCUGGCUCCAACAAUCUGUGUAAGAGAGGCAGUGAGAUGCUAGGCUGGUAAAAGUAAAUUUGCACUUUGAACGUGUCUUUUUUUAAAAGUUGGGAUAACCAGAUUCCUUAUUUAUUGUUCGUUUGUUUUUUAAGGGCUGUUUUUGUUGCUGUUUGGGGCAGCUUUUUUCCUUCUGAAACUCAAAUCCCAUUUAAGUGAUAUACCGCAGGAGCAGCAAACCAUGUUUAGGAACUGUUGCUUCUUCCUAAGGGGAAAAAGUGCUUGUGUCACAGAGUAGGUCUCAUUGCCCAUUCCGGUAAACAGUAAGGGGCCUGUUCGCUUCAGCAUUGUUUGUUCGGAGAGAGAAGGAUCUGGUCGAGGAGGAGCGAUGGCUGCCUUCAUAGCACUGCAGUCAUCCAUUUUCUUAGCCUUGUGAGGCAUUGUUUUCUUUGACUUUCCCUGUAGCUUGGAUGGUCAGAUGUCCGGAAGGACAGCGAGUCUUGUCUUGAGGUUGUACUAAGUGCUGAACAGCUUUAUGGCUUUCUAACACACUCUGCCUCUUAGGCAUUCUGGUCCAGUCUUUUCAAAUCUAUUUUGUGGCAAAACUGACAUCAGGUGGUGCAAUCUUCAUUUUUCCUUAGCCUUACCUUCUUCUCACUUAGAUGCACAUCUUUUUGUUUGUGUGAAAUUUAGUGGUGUAUCACCAGAGAAUGAAAUUAGUUUAGUACUGUGUAGGGAAAUUAGAAUGGCAACUGUGACGUUUCAAUAUUUCUUAAGAUAUCAUUUGUGGGAGCUCUUGACUGUUAUCGAAGAGCUUGUGGCCGCACAAUAUUUUUGCAGUUCUAGAAGUUUUUGAAUAACGUAGUGUGUUUACAAUUCCAAGGACUGAGCUGAGGAUUUGUCUUGAACAUGCUUAUAAUCAGUUGUGUUGCCAAUUCGUGUUAGAGCAGUGUUUUGAUACUUAAGGGACAAAAAGGCUUUUUUAAAUCUAGCACUCUACCUCACAUAGUUCGAAAUCCUGUUGUAGCACUCGCUGGCAUUAUCUACACUCAUAGCUAGCCACACCUUUUUGUAGGCCUUGUUAUCUGGAGAGGAGCCUCAAUGCUGUUUCCAAUAGCUAGUUGGAAGAUAAGCAUCUGCAGGGUAUUAUGUAAAAUGAGGCAGCCAGGGUCAGUCCUUAACACGUGCUGCAGCACAGCAGGGGUUUCAGCUUGCCCUGUUCUUCUGCAGCAUGGCCAGAGGCUUUAACAACCUCUUCUGUGGUGUACUGCAUGCAGCCUAGCAGCUGCUUGUUGCACAUGUUGACAUGCGUUCUCUCAUAAGGUUGACACUGGAAAGGUGUCAGGUUGAAAGCUUGUCCUGUGCGCUGUUGAGGAGACUGCCCACUGUGGAAUACAGUACUGUAUAACCAAGAGAAAUCAUCAUGUAAAUUGUUUUCAGCUUGCAGAGGCUUGUAACUUUACUAUGGGAGAUGCUGUGGAUAGUAGGUGAUCCAUCUGAAGUAUUUGCUGACCAUGCUUGAGUUACCCAUCGGUCCCUUAGCUGCCCUUUCUAGACGCGGUGUAUGUAUGAAAGUAACUGUCUUGUAUUUAAGAACAGCCCCUUGCACUCUAGUGUAGAUAAGACCAUUACAACAUCCACUCUGGAUUUAUGAACUGAACCAGUUGGUUCCUGAUACAGAACUUUCCUACAGUUUCCACUGUAUGUGUCUCCCACCAUACGCAUGCAGUUUUGCUUCAAUUAAUUAUUAUUAUAGUUGCAAUAAGUUAUUUGUAUUUUCUUCUAUUAAGCUUUUUUUCCUCUGGGAAGGAAGCAUGGUGCUGGGAGCUGAAGCUAUAUAAUCCCCUUCCUUCAAUAUGGCAUAGUUUCCAAUAACUAAUCUGACACUCACUCACUGCAGAGGCAGUUCCAUAGUCUUGUCUUAUCUGUACACUCUUUGAAUGGCAAGCAUUUGAUCCCCUUGCUGUUCAUGUAGGGAUGGUGUGCAUUCCCCUUUUGAGGAGCAGAGGCAAGCGUAUUUCUUACUUGGGUGAGUGGGGAUUCUCUCCAGCAUUUCAUCUGAAUGGCAAUAGAAUAGAAUUGGUGAGAACAGGAAUCUCAGGAGUUUUGCAAAGGCUAGCAUACGUAGUGUAUGGAAAAUGUUCCAUCUGAUUUAGAUGUUUCAGUGCUCCAGUUUCUGAAGAAUGGCACAACACUGAAGACUUUGUGCGAAGGAAAAAAGGAGAGAGUUUUUAAAUCCUUGGUAGCGCUUUCCAAGGAGAUGGUGAAGGGCGAGGGACAAACUGCACUUGCAUUGUGAAUCCUACCAGAGGAUAGGGGCCAGGAUUUGCGAUUGAUAGCAGAACUACCUGAAGUAGUAGCCACUGGGUGGCAACAGAGCUGUGUUGCAUUGUGGCACACCCCUAUUUUUUAGUGUAAAGCAAAGGGAUGGUGGAAUUGACAAGUCUUUGCUUAAAAGCCUUGUUACAUACAGUUUUCCACACAGUGAUGGUGGAUACCUGGGGAGGGGAGCUGGGGAAAGGGGCAGUGUUAAAUCCAUGUUGAUAAAGGGUUGUAUAUAUAGAAAUAAAUAAAAUAAUAAAAAGGGAUACUCUGUUUUUCAUCUGUUGUCUGUCUUAAACUAGUUAAGAUACGUAAAAUAUUCCAUAGAGGUAAAAUGUUGUGUCAU